ACAAGGCUUCAAGAUUCAGUGCUUGGUCACUUCAUUUGUUAAAUUACUCAAGCCUUGAAGAUGCAAUAGCUUAACGGACGUAAGUAGAAUUCAAAUUAAUUCAAACUUGUUAGAAAAUAAAACCAGGACGAGCUUCCUCACCAUGUUCAGAAAGGAUCCAGAAAAAACUCAUUUGGUCCCUGAGAAAGGAGCCAGUCUGUACACCAUCACCAUGGGAAGUGUGCCAGCCAAUGACCUGGAGCAGAAAGAUGGUGGAGCCAAACAUUGCCACGACAACAGUCGAGCGCUUGAAGACCGGGAGAGAGAGAAAGUGCAGGCGAGAAAGCGCCUCUAUGUUGUCUCCAUCGUCUGCAUGGUCUUCAUGAUUGGGGAGAUCCUGGGUGGGUACUUUGCGGGCAGUCUGGCAGUGAUGACGGACGCCGCCCACCUGCUGGUGGACUUCACCAGCUUCCUGAUCAGCCUGUGCUCCCUCUGGCUCUCCUCCAGGCCGGCCACACACAGGCUCAACUACGGCUGGCACCGAGCAGAGAUCCUGGGCGCGCUGCUGUCUGUGUUCACCAUCUGGCUGGUGACGGGCGUGCUGGUGUACCUGGCCAUCCAGAGACUCAUCGAUGAUGACUACACCAUUGAGGGCACAGUGAUGCUCAUCACCUCAGGCUGCGCCGUCAUCGCCAACAUCAUAAUGGCCCUCACCCUACACCAGUCGGGACAUGGGCACAGCCACGGCGGACUUGGCUCCCACGGCAACCACAGCCAUAGCCCGGGCAACGGUCAUGCUCGUGUGUGUGAAGAGGGCGGGACGGAGCAGGGGCGUGGGGGCCAGACCCAGGCCAACGCCAGCGUGAGGGCUGCCUUCGUGCACGUGGUGGGAGACCUCCUGCAGAGUAUCAGUGUACUGGUCAGCGCCAUCAUCAUCUUCUUCAAGCCCGAGUAUAAGAUGGCUGACCCAAUCUGCACGUUCCUCUUCUCUGUGUUUGUUCUGGGUACCACGUUCACCAUCAUGCGAGACAUCGUGCUGGUUCUGAUGGAAGGAGCCCCCGUUGGAGUGAAGUACAUAGAGGUGAGAGAGUGCAUUCUUUCUGUGAGGGGCGUGAAGGCUGUCCACAAUCUGCACAUCUGGGCCCUGACCAUGAACCAGGCAGUGCUGUCUGCACAUGUUGCCAUAGAUGACACAGCAGAGCCCCAGCCUGUGCUGAGAGAGAUCACCCAGGUCUGCCUCACCAACUUCAACUUCCACUCUGUCACCAUCCAGGUGGAGCAGCAGUCCGAUCAGAGGCCCGAGUGCACCUUGUGCCAGGACCCCAAGAAGUAACCCUGCGUUAGGAAGAAGCAAUGCUAGCUCAGUAAUCCGGGACAUCUAAAAUAUAGGGAAUAUAUUGUGGAUGUUAGAUGAUACACCAAAUGACAACUAUGUAAAUUAUAACUGCUUAUUUACAAAUUUAUAACUAUAUUUUAGAUCUUUUCUGUAAUACAGUUUACAAUGUAUUCUACAGUAUAUGCAUAGCACAUAUACGCUUUGUGAUGGAGCUGGCUGAUGCAUUGUACACAAAACAACAAGACAAGAAGUUUUUACGAAAAUCAAAUACUUUAUUUCUUAAAAAGCAAGUGCAAAACAGAGGUGCUCAGUCAAGCCAAAAACCCAAAGCAAACCCAACCCAACUACUCAGGUCAGCCAACUUGCUACCUUGUUGCAGCCACACACUUGCUUUUAAACAUUACUAACUGAGUGGGUCUGGCUCGUUAUCCAAUGGCUGGCCCCACACCCAUACACUGAAUAACAAUUAACUAAUGAAGUUGAUGGCAUUACAUGUUAUUGAUAACAUGACAGGUGGAAAGAGUUUAGGAUCCUCCAGAUGCAUUUAGACACAUUAAUUCAAUGUAUGAAUUAAACAUACUGCUGUCUCCACAUGAAUCAAUUAGUCAUAGGCAUUUUUAUUUAGAUGAAGGCUACUCCUUCACAGUACUUUAUAUAUGUUUGGGAUAUGUACAAUCUAUUGUGAUCCAUAUUCUAAAUAUAUACCCUAUAUUCUAGCAUGUAUAUUACCUGGAGGGUAAUCAUAAGGGCUAACUCUCAGGAAGAACUGACAUAUGCAGGUAUUAAGAGAAAGAGUUCAUUUCUCUUUUACAAAUGAAAGAACUGCAUCUCGCUAUCUCACUAGCUAAAUGUCAUUUACCACCAAAGCUAGCAAUGUCAGUAGACCUUCUACCAGAAAUCACUGGUGACUGGUAUUUGCUGCCAUAAACAACUUCACAUGUUUGUCCAAGCAGACACAAAAUAUAUUGACAGUAAUGUGUCGUAAAAAUAGUAUUUUUCAUUUGGGAAUUUGGCUAUUGAUGUGAUAAAAAAUAAUCAUCAAAAAUCUUAAAUUUUUUCAAAAAACAUUGUGAAUCAUGGAAACUUGAAGUCUGAUUUCAGAGGGAAAGCUGUAAUGGACACAGAGUGUCCUGUUCUUAGCUUCCUGCAUUCAUCAUCAAGUUUGAGGAAAUCUGGAAUCUGUAGCUAUUCGUGACUGGGCCUCAUACUGUCCAGUCAGAAGUUAUGCACAAUGCACUUGCACAGCACAAUACAUGCACAGUAUGCUCACACAGUACAAUACUUGCACAAUAAGCUCACACAAUACAAUACCUGCACAAUACACUCACACAAUACAAUACCUGCACAAUACACUCACACAAUACAAUACUUACAUAAUAUACUCAAGAUAAGGUUUAUAUUAGAUAACAUUUGAUUCCCCGAAAGAGAAAAAAAUCAUCUUCCUGAACCAUAGGGUUAUGUCCUUCAAGUGGCCCAUAUUGUGAGUCCAGUUAUGCAAUGUUUGAAGUAGAAAAAUAGCAUCUUCUUGUUCAUUAUUAAGAUUAAAUCUGCCUUACAUUUUGGUAAGUAUUGAUAUGCUGAAAUGAUGUGGUGUGGUCAGCUCAAGGGUGCAAUCUGAAUUUCAGAGGCCAGCUAUCUGAAGGAAGAGGCAUUAAUGGUAGAGUCCUCAGCUCUGAUUAUUUCAGUAAGGCCAAGGAUGUUGUGGCAAGGCGUUAUGUU